AUGUUGAAUCUGCAGAAACGUAUUAAGGGUAUUGAUGAGAAUCGUGCUUAUUUGGGCACUCGUAUCGCUGUCAGAGACAAGUUGUUGUCGCAGGAGAUGCGUGAGAUCGAGGAGCAUCUGAAGAACGCUCCGACUUGUAAAUUGACAUUUCCUUCAACUUCAUCUCUUCAUCAAAUGCUUCUAACCGUGAAGCCGACGAGUGGCUUUUACAGAGGCGGUACUUUUCAGUUUUCUAUCGAUGUUCCUCCAGAGUACAACAAUGUGGUAUGUAUUUUAUUGUUUUCUGGUUUUAGGUAAAAAGUUGAAAGUCUUGGCUUAAGAUGUUUAUAAACAAGAGUAAAGAAUCGUAUGAAGGUUUGAAAGCUGUUUUAAUAAGCUUUUUUUUAGCCACCAGUUGUGAAGUGCUUGACGAGGAUGUGGCAUCCAAAUAUUAAUGAAGACGGGGCUGUUUGCUUGAGUUUGUUGCGGCCAAGCUCGCUGGAUGGAAUGGGUAUGUUUUUACGUUAUUAUGAGACUUACAUCUUUAAUAUUUUUGUGAAACUAGCUUUGAAAACAUCGAAAGCAGUCUAAAAUAUGAAUUUAUACAUCGAAUAGGUACUCAUUUUCGGUUUUUUUCUCGAACUUCUUGGGAAGUAAUGUCUUUUAAGUUUUUUUCAUCAGUAUAAGUUGAAAUGGUUUAAUUAUGAUGUUUUAAAGCAAAAUAUUUGUGAUAUUAAUUUAGGUUGGAUGCCAACUCGAGGAAUUAAAGAUGUUAUCCUUGGACUGGAGAGUUUGUUCGGGGAUUUGAUGGACUUCGACGAUGCAUUAAAUUUAGCUGCGGCUGAGAUGUACAAUACUAACAAAGUAAGCCUCUAAAAAUGACGUUUCUUCAAAUGUUUGCACGUUUUUAAACGAAAAAUUAGGUUUACACGUCGUUUUGCAAAGUUUAUUACCAAUUUUAAAGCUUUUCGAACGUGUUCCAAGCCGUUUAGCUCGAAAACGGAAACUCAGCUAUAAUAUACUUUGUCGAGACAUAAAUAAGUUAAACCAGUUUGUUUUGGUUAUCAAAUUUGACCGUUUUCAGGAUUUGUUCGCAUCGAAAGUACGCGAUUACAUUGUUCGUUAUGGUAACAACACACGUUAUUGA